CUUCCUUUCCGGCCUCCCCUUUUUUUUUCUCCUGCCUCCGCAGCCAUGGCGGCCUUCGAGCAGAUGCGGGCGAGCGUGGGGAAACUGCUGAAGGGCAUCGACAGAUACAACCCGGAAAAUCUUGUCACUCUGCAGCACUACGUGGAGACCCAGGCCAAGGAGAAUGCCUAUGACUUGGAAGCCAAUCUGGCUGUGCUCAAACUGUAUCAGUUUAACCCUAACUUAUUCCAAGUCUCGGUGACUGCCCAGAUUCUCCUCAAAGCACUCACCAAUCUGCCCCACACGGACUUCACACUGUGCAAGUGCAUGAUUGAUCAGGCUCAUCAAGAGGAGAGCCCAAUCCGUCAGAUCUUAUACUUGGGGGAGCUGUUGGAGAACUGCCACUUUCAGGCUUUCUGGCAAGCUCUGGAUAAGAAUAUGAAGCUCCUAGAUGGGAUUGUCGGAUUCGAAGAUUCGGUUAGGAAAUUCAUUUGCCAUGUAGUUGGAAUCACAUAUCAACAUAUUGACCGUUGGCUCCUGGCCAAAAUGUUGGGUGACCUAACAGAUAAUCAGCUGAAGUCUUGGAUGAGUAAAUAUGGCUGGGUAGAAACGGAGCCUGGGACAAUAUUUAUUUGCAACCAGGAAGAGAACAUCAAGCCUAAAAAUAUUGUGGAGAAAAUAGACUUUGACAGUGUUUCCAGUAUCAUGGCUUCUUCCCAGUGAUCCCCCCCUGGCACUCUCCUUAUCCACCAUACUAAUUUCAGUCCCAUUUUUAAAACCAAUAAACCACUGUCUGAUUUGCCAAUAGUA